AUACGGGUGGUGCACCUGUAGAAGAACAACACAAUACAACACACACUGCACAACAGAACAGCUUCUUUCUUCUUCAACAAUGGCAACUUCGUUAUUCCGCAACAUUCGGAGAGCUUCUUUUGUUCUCAGAUUCUCGUAUGCCACCUCGUUUUCGGUCUCUCCCAGGUCAGUUGGGAGGGCACAAAUAUCUCUGUGUUCCCCGUUCAGGCACUGUAUCACGCUAUCAAAGGAAGGUUCAUGGUGGGGUUUGAGAAAUUUGAGUUAUGGCACAGUUAACCUUGUGAUAACGGGAGGGAAGGCCAAGUUUGAGACUCAUGAAGCUGAUCCUCCAAAGAAAGACAAGUGGAAGAACAAGAAGAGGUUUAAGAUGCAGAGGAAGAGAGAGAAGGAGAAGAGGAAAGCAGCAAACAGGAAAGACCCCCGUCGACUUGGUGUCAAAGGGAAGAAGAAGAAGCAGAGAUUUGCCAAUGCAGAAGAGAGAAUCAAGUACAAGAUUGAAAAUGCCAGGGUUAAGGAAGCAUUGCUCAUUGAAAGACUCAAACGAUAUGAAGUUCCUAAGGUUCAGGGUCCUGUUGUAAAACCUGAUGCCUUGACGGGGGAGGAACGGUUUUAUUUGAAGAAAAUGGCUCAGAAGAGAUCUAAUUAUCUACAAAUUGGUAGAAGAGGAUUAUUUGGAGGGGUUGUUCUCAAUAUGCAUAUGCAUUGGAAGAAACAUGAAACUGUUAAGGUCAUAUGCAAGCCUUGUAAACCUGGUCAAGUACAUGAGUAUGCACAAGAACUUGCCAGAUUGAGUGGUGGUAUUCCAAUUCAAGUAAUUGGAGAUGACACAAUAAUAUUUUAUCGUGGAAGGAACUAUGUACAGCCCGAGGUUAUGUCACCAACAGAUACACUGUCCAAGAAAAAGGCACUUGAAAAAUCCAAGUAUGAGCAAUCACUUGACUCUGUUAGGCGCUUCAUUGCUAUUGCUGAGAAAGAGUUAGAGCUAUAUCACAGGCACGUUGCACUUUAUGGUGAUCCAAACAACCGUAAUCCCUUAUCAAUGCUGGAAGGCCCAAGUGGAAACUCCAGAGAAAAAGGGUAUCAUGAUGAUAAAAAACUUGAUUUUAGAAGCAAUUAUUUUUCGUCCGAACUUUCAGAAACAGAAGCAGAUUCCACAGAGAUGGAGCUAUCAGAAACUGAAGAGGGUUCUGAAGAUGAAAACCUGUUGAUGAAUGAAUCAGAUUCUGAAGAGAACAACAUGUUGGAUUCCAAUGAUGAUGAAGAAAGAGAGGUAUAUUUUAAUAAAAUGCAAGGUGAAAGUGUAAGCGCAGCCACAGGUUCGUCACCAAUGUCUAAACAUAGCCGCUACUAUAAUAAUCAUUAUUUAUUGUCAUAACAAGUUCCAAUCACUAGAGAGUAGAGAUUAGUAAUAUAUUAUUAAGUCAUCUUGAGUAAAUCAAGUAGUCCAUAAAAAUAUGCCUUGGAGGAUUGUGAAAAGUAGUUUAUUUUUCUUGUCUUAAAUGCUGAAAAUCGAGUUU